AUGAGCAAAACUACGUUGCUUCAACGCCUUCUUCCGUUGGCAAACAGUAUCAAAACCACGUAUGGUAGUCAGUUCUUGAAGAAUCCAAAGAUAAUAACGCAGAUUUUCGAUAAGCUAAAGUUAGAAUCACAAUAUAAAUCUAAGGAAUUACAAGUGGUCGAUAUAUAUUCGGGACCCGCAGUGCAGUCAGCGAUGCUAACUGAAAGACUGCAUCCAAAAAAGUGUGUUCUCUUUGAUGACCGCAGAAAGUUUGCUGAAUUAUACCAACAAGUAUUAGACGGUAACGGACCAAUAGUGCAUUAUAACAAGAAUCCAUAUAAGUGGGAAUCAUUUUUAGAACUCACUGAACAAGAUAAAAUACUUACACCUAGCUUCCAAGCGAGAGAUCACAUACACGAUGAGUUUUUGGUGACUGCAAAUCUUACUAAUAAGAAAGGUGAACAGCUAUAUGUGCAAUAUUUACAGUGUGUUGCCAAUCAAAACUGGUUACAGAGAUUUGGGCUUGUGAAAAUGCUUGUUUGGAUUCCAUCACAGACUGCAAAGAAACUUUUCGCUCCUUUUUCUAAUAAGGACAGAAACAGAAUUACAUUAUUAUCCGAGAUGGCUUCGAACACAAAAUUAAUUGCUACUUCAGAGGCCUCAUUGAAGUACUUCCUUCCUGAAAGUUUGAGCAAAUUUGAUCCUGUGAUUAUACCUUCAAAGGAACCACAUACAGAAGACCUUUCCCUUGUAGAAAUCAAUCCAAGAAAUCAUAAUCUAGACUUGGAUAACUGGGACUAUGUUACACAAAAGCUUAUGAUCUUAAAAUCUCAGCCAAUCGGAGAUUCUAUUGAGGUUUUGGGUCAUGGUGCGAAAGACUGGUUUUCUCCUCGUCUAAGGCCUGAAUUACUCAAGAAAAAACCUUACGAAAUGACAUAUAUGGAAAUAAAUGAAAUUGCUGAAUGUUUCGCUCUUUGGCCCUUCAAACCUCAUAUUUUGAUUGAUUUCUAUGAUGAUGACAGUGCAUAA